AUGGAGAAAAGUCGUUGCCAGGAACUAAAAUGGGCGCAGCUCAUUCAGGCCGUCGACGAGCAUCUCCGGGCAAUUGCCCUGAAUGCAAGUGUAUGCCAUGAAGAGCUGCGAAUGCGUUACACAAUGUCCUGUCUACACGUCACUAGACCAUUCGAUCAGCACAGGAAGCACGACGCUGUCGGUAGACAAAAGGUGGCACUGACUGGGCAUGCACAGCAUGUACUAACAGGGAAGGGUAAAUGGGCUCUAACAGGACAAAUAGCAGGCGGUGAUAACAUCAACAUGCAGGUAAUUCUCCAGACAUUUUUAAACGUUUUUAUUUACUUCUGUUUUAUUUAUUGUGUUAGAGGGUGGUAA